GACCUCGUCCGCCCGGCCCGGCCCCCGCCCCUUGGCCUGCCGCUCCGCCCCCGCGGGGCGUCCCGGGCCGCUCGUCCCCUCGGCGGCGGCCGCACGCGGCCCGGGGUCGCCUCUUUCCGGGGACGGAGCGCUCGCCCUGGAGCGGAGGCACCCCCUCCCCCGGGAGGACAAAGCCGGGAGUCAGGCCCACAGCUGUAUGUCGGGAUCCGAGGCUGCUUCCACUUAGACGAGAAGUUGUCGCAACCGAGAAGUGCCCGUGGACCCGGGGGAGGACCUUUGUGAUCCAGACUUGAGGCGCAUUUACACUGGGCCCGUUCCCGUGCAAAUCCGUGAGGUCUUCUGAGCUCCACACUUCACCCCGAACUGAGAGAGUGGAGGCGCUCCCCUCGCACAGUCUGUAUUUGGCCCAGCCUCUCUUGAAAGGUUCCCUCCUUCCCCUCAUUUAGACGGGAUCAGAUAGGUCUUUCUUGCUCAAUUCAUUAAACAAUUCCUUUUAUGAGUUAUAACCACAUCGCAAGAAAAAUUGGAUGCAAUUACAAUUAGGACCUGUCCAAUGUGCUUAAGUCCCAGUUCCACUAUACUGAUGCUAAGCCACUUGCUCAGCUUUCCUACACCUGAUAUUCUUUUUUUUUUUUUUUUAAGAUUUUAUUUAUUUAUUCAUGACACACACACACACACACACACACACAGAGGCAGAGACACAGGCGGAGGGAGAAGCAGGCUCCACGCAGGGAGCCCGAUGUGGGACUCGAUCCUGGGUCUCCAGGAUCAGGCCCUGGGCUGAUGGCAGGUGCUCAACCGCUGGGCCACCCGAGCUGCCCUCCUACACCUGAGUAUUCUGUGUAUAAUACAUACGAAAGCAUUGAGAUAGAUCAUCUUUUGGGCUUACGCCUCUUUGAGAUGUCUGUGAUUCUGCGAAUGUCAUGACCCACCACUUCCCCCUUUCCCACUCUUUUAAAACCCAUUUUCUACCUCUUGGGGAAUGGGCGUUGAGAGUAGAAGGGAGUCGCUUUCACUGAAACAGCCUGGUUUGGAAAAGAUGGUAGUCUCUUGAAUUGUUUCUUCCCUGGACAAGAAAAAUCCUCUCUGAACUUUUUCUCCUUGUGAUAACAGCAGAAACCAAGCAGCAACAGCCCUUGGAGAGAGGCUAAGUUUCCCUUGACUUCUACGGCGACAAAGACCUUGAGAAAGUUGGUACUUCUGGCCUACGCUGCCAACGUCCUACCACCCAGCCCAAGACAGCCCAAGCUGGACAUUAGUGCCUCCCUCUUUAUUCCUCUGUGAUCAUCCAGAUCAGCACCUGACUGUUUAUUUUCAAAUCUCACAAACCCAGCUCAGCCCUCAGAUCUUCAUAAUUUUGGUUCUCAGCUGCUCUUGAAGGAGAGUGACUUGUUACCUCCACCACAGCAGAGCCUGACCUCCCCAGCAGAUCUCCAGUCAGCCCCUGACAUCACCCCCUCCUUUGUCUCCCUCUGUGGCCUCCUAAAUGCCCAUCCCGUUGGCCUGGGUUCAGCUGGUGGUAUGGAGGGGUGCUGCCUAGCACUGACCUGGGAGUGUGUGUGACCCACUGACCCAAUGGACAUCAAAGGCCAGUUCUGGAAUGAUGAUGAUUCGGAGGGAGAUAAUGAAUCAGAGGAGUUUCUCUAUGGAGUUCAGGGGAGCUGUGCAGCUGACCUGUAUCGACACCCACAGCUUGAUGCAGACAUUGAAGCCGUGAAGGAGAUCUACAGUGAGAACUCUGUAUCCAUCAGAGAAUAUGGAACUAUCGAUGACGUGGACAUUGACCUCCACAUCAACAUCAGCUUCCUCGAUGAGGAAGUCUCUACAGCCUGGAAAGUCCUCCGAACAGAACCUAUUGUGUUGAGGCUGCGAUUUUCUCUCUCCCAGUACCUUGAUGGACCAGAACCAUCAAUUGAGGUUUUCCAGCCAUCGAAUAAGGAAGGGUUUGGGCUGGGUCUUCAGCUGAAAAAGAUCCUGGGUAUGUUCACUUCCCAACAAUGGAAACAUCUCAGCAACGAUUUCUUGAAGACCCAGCAGGAAAAAAGGCACAGUUGGUUCAAGGCAAGUGGUACCAUCAAGAAGUUCCGAGCUGGCCUCAGCAUCUUCUCACCCAUCCCCAAGUCUCCCAGUUUCCCUAUCAUACAGGACUCCAUGCUGAAAGGCAAACUGGGUGUACCAGAGCUUCGAGUUGGGCGCCUCAUGAACCGUUCCAUCUCUUGCACUAUGAAGAACCCCAAAGUGGAGGUGUUUGGCUACCCUCCCAGCCCCCAGGCAGGUCUCCUGUGCCCCCAGCACGUGGGCCUCCCUCCCCCAGCACGGACCUCUCCUUUGGUCAGUGGUCACUGCAAGAACAUCCCCACUCUGGAAUAUGGAUUCCUUGUCCAGAUCAUGAAGUAUGCAGAGCAGAGGAUUCCAACAUUGAAUGAGUACUGUGUGGUGUGUGACGAGCAGCAUGUCUUCCAGAACGGGUCCAUGCUUAAGCCAGCUGUCUGUACUCGUGAGCUGUGUGUUUUCUCCUUCUACACACUGGGAGUCAUGUCGGGAGCUGCGGAGGAGGUCGCUACUGGAGCAGAGGUGGUGGAUCUGCUGGUGGCCAUGUGUAGGGCAGCUUUGGAGUCCCCUAGAAAGAGCAUCAUCUUUGAGCCUUAUCCCUCUGUGGUGGACCCCACUGAUCCCAAGACUCUGGCCUUUAACCCCAAGAAGAAGAAUUAUGAGCGACUUCAGAAAGCUCUGGAUAGUGUGAUGUCCAUCCGGGAGAUGACCCAGGGUUCAUAUUUAGAAAUUAAGAAGCAGAUGGAUAAACUGGAUCCCUUGGCCCAUCCUCUCUUGCAGUGGAUCAUCUCUAGCAACAGGUCACACAUUGUCAAACUACCUCUCAGCAGGCAGCUGAAGUUCAUGCACACCUCACACCAGUUCCUCCUGCUGAGCAGCCCUCCUGCCAAGGAGGCUCGGUUCCGGACCGCCAAGAAGCUCUAUGGCAGCACCUUUGCCUUCCAUGGGUCCCACAUUGAGAACUGGCAUUCGAUCCUGCGCAAUGGGCUGGUCAAUGCAUCCUACACCAAACUGCAGCUGCAUGGAGCAGCCUAUGGCAAAGGCAUCUACCUGAGCCCCAUCUCCAGUAUUUCCUUUGGAUACUCAGGAAUGGGAAAAGGACAGCACAGGAUGCCCUCCAAGGAUGAGCUGGUCCAGAGAUACAACAGGAUGAAUACCAUCCCACAGACCCGAUCCAUUCAGUCGAGGUUCCUGCAGAGUCGGAAUCUAAACUGUAUAGCACUUUGUGAAGUGAUUACAUCUAAGGACCUCCAGAAGCAUGGGAACAUCUGGGUGUGCCCUGUGUCUGACCAUGUCUGCACACGGUUCUUCUUUGUAUAUGAGGAUGGUCAGGUGGGCGAUGCCAACAUUAAUACUCAGGACCCCAAGAUACAGAAGGAAAUCAUGCGUGUGAUCGGAACUCAGGUUUACACAAACUGAGGGGGCCCCAGCCCUCGUACCACCCCUGUUCCCCCAGGAUCCAUCUGCCCUCAUACAAGGGCUCAGGAGCAGCGUGCGAGGCUGCCCUGAGGAAUCAAGGGGCCGUUACCAAGGGGCAGGAAAAGGAUAGAAGAGGCGGCCUUCAUGGUGGAGACUGACCCAGGAACCACUCCACAUUUGGAUGGCCCAGAAUGACUCCCUACUCCUGAUUUUCCCAGUUGACUUCACCCUGUUUGUAAAUAAAACAAUAAAAUGGAAGGUGCUGUGGACUGGAUAUGA